AUGUCUGAUUUCGGCAAUCAGGGCCCAGACUUUGGAGAGAUGACACGAAGUCUCAAUACUAUCAUUUCCCGCCUCGCUUUCCACGAUAUGCGCAUCCAAGCGAACAGAGUCUUCGUUCAACAAAUUCAAGACCAAAUGCACGCCAUCAGCCUCUGCUUGGGAAGCGAAAAUGGAGAGAUCAGUGAGGAUCGACGCUUGAGUCUCAACACUGCCACUCGAUCACUAGAAGAACGUCUCAUUCACUUGAUGACGGAGCACCAGGCGUUGGGCCUUGAGAUCGGGCUCAAUCAAAGAAUUGCACAGAGUCAAGUAGAGAUCGUAAGUCAAUAG